CCGAGUAAUUUAUAAUUUCUGUAUGUUUUAUUAAAACUAGUCAAAAUAUUUCUCUUGUUUGGAGUUUAUGAGCUCACUGUCGUUCGUAAAUAUAAUCGUCAUAUCAGAGUGGACAUGGUGAAGAUAAACUGUGUGAAUCUGGACGUGUGUUUAGAGAAAUUUUCGUCUCUGGAGGAGACCAUCUCACAGGUGCAGAUUGCAAACAGCACGUUCAAGCUCGAGUUAGAAGAGUCAGGACGUGAGCUCAAACACAGUGAGAGCAAGGAGAAGGCUCUGCUGCUCGAGCGAGACUGCCUCAUGGGAACAGUGAAGGAACUGCAGCAGAGUCUGGAGGCACAGUGCCACAUCCGAGUGGAGAAUGAGAGACUGCAGAAUGAACUGGAGGAGAUGAAGAAGGAGGACGCCAAAAAAGCUCAGGAGGCCGAGGCUGAGGUCCAGAGGCUUUUGGCUGAGAUGAGAGCAAAAGAAGAGCACCACCAGAGGGCGCUGGAGGCUGUGAGGAGCCAGGGCAGGAGGGACGUGGCGGAGGCUCAGGCACAGGCUGCACUCAACUUGGAGGCCAAAGACGCAGAGGUGGAGAGGACUCUGCAGCAGAAGGAGCAGGAGAUGGAGGAGCUGAGGAGCAGACUGAAAGAGCAGGAGAAGGAGCGCACCAGCGACCUGCUCAAACUGCAGAUGGAGUUUGGAACAAAGCUGGCCCGUGUUCAGAGCUCUGCCCAAAUGAACCAGCAGCAGCAGCACGGGCCCAACGUCCCUCAGAACAUCUUCAAGAGGAAGCUGCAGUUCCUCCAGGAGGAGAAGAACAAGGAAGUGGCAGCUCUGCGACAGCGAAUCAGAGAGCUGGAGGAAAGUCAGCUGCCCAGGCUCAAGCGCAGGAAGGUUUCCUUUAACAUCUAA